CUGAAGAAUGUCACGUUCUAGCAUUUAUCUAAUCGUUGCAUCGAUAUUAGUUCGAAUAGGUUUUUUCCUAUUUGGAUUAUACCAGGAUAAGUACAUGAAUGUUAAGUACACCGAUAUUGAUUACGUUGUCUUUUCGGAUGCUUCUCAUUAUGUCUACCAAGGACUAUCGCCAUAUACUAGAGAAACGUAUAGAUAUACUCCUUUGUUAUCAUGGUUUUUGGUACCGAAUGAAUGGUGGCCGAGUUUCGGUAAGUUUUUGUUUAUUUUGAGUGAUAUAAUUACUGGGGUUUUAAUAGUUAAGUUAUUGCAAAAAAGUUCCAAGUUGACUGAACGGAAAUUACUAAUUUUAUCAUCGAUAUGGCUACUCAAUCCAAUGGUUAUCACUAUAAGUACCAGAGGGUCUUCUGAAAGUGUUUUAACUGUGUUUAUCAUGUUAAGUAUAUACUUUCUUUCAUUGAAGAAGAUGGCACUUUCAGCCAUUUUUUUGGGUAUUUCGAUUCAUUUUAAAAUAUACCCUAUAAUAUAUUUACCUAGUAUUUUACUAUACUUGAGUGGAUCUGGGCCAUCGAUCGUCAACUUGCCGUUGGUUAAAUUAAUCAACUAUACAAAUUUAAAGUAUUUAUUGGUUGUCCUUGUAACCUUGGGUAUUUUCAAUGGGACCAUGUAUCACAUAUAUGGCUAUGAAUUCUUAUACCAUUCAUACUUAUACCAUUUAACUAGACUUGACCACAGACACAAUUUCUCCAUCUACAAUAUCUGUUUAUAUUAUAAAUCGGCACAACCGUAUAUGGAUACUUACCACGAAGGAAUUAGAAAUAUAGAAAAACUAGCAUUCAUCCCCCAGUUAUUAAUUUCAUCAGUUUUACUCCCAUUAUUUUUCGCCAGAAGAAAUUUGAUAAAUUGCUUCUUCUUGCAAACAUUUGCAUUUGUACUAUUCAACAAGGUGGUCACCUCUCAAUAUUUCAUCUGGUUUAUAAUCUUCUUACCCAAUUUUUUGUUGGAUACAAGACUUAUGAACUUGAAAGGAAUUUGGUUAUUGACUUUAUGGAUUUUGAGUCAAGCUUGCUGGUUGUUUUUUGCCUACAAAUUAGAGUUCCUAGGUGAAAGCACUUUCAAUGGAGGCUUAUUCUACUCUUCCAUUGGCUUCUACCUUUCCAACUGUUAUAUCUUGGGAGAAUUCAUCGAGGACGUCAAGCACAAGUCCAACGACGUUGUAUAGUUUUUGCAGUAAUACACAGAACAUCCGUACAUUUCUUACCUUUAAAUUUUUCAGUUGUUAA